CAGCGUCAAGCGGGCGUCUCCUAUGGACUGUCCAGUAGUGUCACACAUUCCAAGGUACUAGCCGCGCGACUAGGCUCAUUAGCUCAAGCGGGCCGUUCCAUCCACUAAUUGGGCCGCGUACAGAAAUAGACUGACAUAAAUAGAACGCCAGAGCAGGCUCGGAGAAGAUCCAAAGUACACCAAUUCCGAUUCCUAGGUUGGAUAUAUAUAACACGCUUUUCUUUUCAUGAAAGGAGGUCCAGGUAUCCUUAAAUUGAAUAUCAAGAAGAAGACUUAUUUUAUAUGCCCGCUAUCAGAAAAUAUUUCUCCACCUCCCAAAGGUCCGCUAUGUCUCGGCUCUAUAAUUUGCUCAAUUUCAGAGCCGAGAUUGUCCCUCAACAAAUCCGAGAUUGUCCCUGUGGCCAAUCUAAACCCCCCUGUGGUAGAAACGAAUUGGGCAAAGACAAUGACUGAAGACAAAAAACCUAGAUCGAGAGGUCAUGAGAAGUUUCUGCAGUUUGUUAAAAAAGGGCCAGGGGAGCAUAUUAAACACUCUCGCCGAGCGAAGAUUUUUCUCGAAUCUAGCACGGUGACUACUGUUUCGUUUGAGCCCACACCCCAGUAUGUUGCUGAAGCAGUGAAAGCACCGGCUGUCAAGGCGUGGCUGAAGAAGCCCAAGCAGAGGCUUGCUCCUGUUGUCUCACUCUACCUCGUCACUGGCAUGAAGCUCGCCAAGGGUGCGCAUGUCAAGUAUUCGAUCUCAGUUAAUACAGUAAUCAGGACACGCAUUCGUACGUCGACCGGCUUGCUCGUACCUGAGUUGAAUUAUGGCCUCAAGUACUCCUACGCCAAAAGUUACAAUGAUGAUGCGGAAUAUAAGGUGCAUUCUGAAUUCAUUUUUGCGUUUCGCGUCAAACGACUUAGGUUUAGGUAUGGGCGGGAUGUCACGAUUGAAGAGUUUACAAGGGGUGCUUUGUUGGAGAGCGCAAAAGGUGAAAGUGGCAGUGAGAUGGAAUCUGCCUUGGUAAACGACGCAGAUGGUGAUGAUGUCGAAAGCGAUACAGACGAUGAGGAUGUUGGGAACGACUCAGAUGGUGACGCUGUUAGAAGCGAUGCAGAUGGUCAUGAUGUCGGAAGUGAUGCAGAUGAUCAUGAUAUUGGAAGCGAUGCAGACAGUCAUGAUGUUGGAAACAACGCAGAUGGCAAUGCUGUCGGAAGCGAUGCAAAUGGGGCUAAUAUAAAAAACGGCGCAGAUAGUUCUGGUAUCAGAACUUCAAGACUUGUUUUUAAUGUGGCCAAGAACAUAAAUUUAAUGUCCCGCAGCUUAAACAAGAUAUUUCAUCCUUAAAGUAAUUAAGAAUCUUCUAGGUCAAGUCAGCAACUAGUUACGACUCUUCAGCAAUGCAGCUUGCCAACGUA